AUGGCUUCCAAUAGACCGACCCAAGACGAGGUGCUUGACUGCCAAGCAGCCUUUUUCACAUGGUGCCAAAGUCACGACAGCAAGGACUGGGACAGUCUGAGAACAUGCAUAGCUCCCACCCUCCGAAUGAAUUAUGAGCACAUGAAGAAUCAGCUCAUCGAGUUACCGUCGGAAGAAUAUGCUAAGACAGCCCACAUGAAUCACCUGGACGUCGCAACCCAGCACCUGGUCGGCGGCAUCGCAAAGUGGGCAAAGACCGAAGACGAGAUAACGGCCACGUUCCAGAUCCGGGUUGCGAAGCUGAAGUACACAGACAACAGCUGCACCGAGGUAAAGGCCAAGGCCAACGCUUACGGCAUCUGUACUGUGCCGUAUCGGAAGAUCGACGGCGAGUGGAAGGUGGCGGGCUUGAAGCCACAGAUGUUGUGGGUGGACGGUAACCCGGAGGUGUUCUUUGGCGAUGUCAAGAAAAUGUCCGAGGACAUGAACGCCUAA